CCCGGAGACAAGCUUUGAGUCGCUAGCCAGACGGCACAAAUGCAUGUGCGGAGGGCGAGGCUGCAAUCGAGCCGGCGCCCUUUGGUGGCGACCCCGGGAGCGAACGACAAGGUCGCUUAUGUGAAUGACUUUGCUCAAGCUUCUUCCAGAUAGGUCUUUGGUCCUAUGGCAAGAGAGCGCCAGACCGCUAUGUACGUAUAAAGUCGAACGUUGGACCCGUUUAGCGACGUCUCUUCACCACUUCGUGUCGCAUCAAAUCCAGUAGUCAUGCGGUCUCUUUUGUUCGCGGCCUUAGCCUCCUUCGUGGCAUCCCAGAUCUUCGAGGCUUCUGACUUCAACAUCACCGAGGCUCUUCUUGACCAAGGAGUUAACGUCUCAGCAUUGCCAGAGCUAGCUGGCCUUGUAGAGCGGUCUUCCAAUCUGGGUUGCGAUGUUGCCUGUUCUUCGCUUGAAGCUCUGUACGGAAACGAGUCUGUCGAAUUGCAGAAUGAGGCCGGCUACUCUGCAUUUACAUCCGGAUUUUGGUCAGGGAUCUCGGCUGAAGUCAGACCCUACUGUAUCUUCAAGCCCUCAAGCCCCGCUGCAGUCUCGGUAAUGGUACUUCUUUCGCGGCUGUCGCAAUGUCCAUUUGCUGUCAAGUCUGGGGGUCAUAGCGCAUUUGCUGGCGCAGCUACUAUCGAAGGAGGAAUCACCGUGUCAUUUGAGAAUAUGAAGGGCAUCAAACUUUCGGGUGACAAGAAGACAGUCGUAGUGCAACCAGGAAAUAACUGGGGUAAUGUACUUACCGCUUUAUCGACCACUGGCGUCACAGUCGUGGCUGGACGGAUCGGCGAUCUCGGUGUUGGUGGACUCACACUCGGUGGCGGUAUCUCGUUCAUCACCAAUGAGUAUGGUCUGGCUUGCGAUAAUGUUGCUAGUUUCGAGGUCGUCACAGCAAGCGGCAUCAUAGUCACGGCAAGUCCAAAGACCUUCCCAGACCUAUACUGGGCGCUUCGCGGAGGCGGCAACAACUUCGGCGUCGUGACCAGUUUCAAUCUGAUGACCAAACCCCUCAACAACGAUCAAAUAUGGGGCGGAACCCGCACCUUUACCGAAGACGUCUUCCCCGACGUAGUCAAAGCGUGGAUCGAUCUUACACUCGACUCGGCUCAAGACCCCAAGGCCGGUAGCUGGAUUGCUUGGAUGAACGCCGGUGCGAAGUUGGCUUCAACCGAACUCUGGUACGGCGCACCGGCUGGCAACGAGUCUGCUAUCCUGGCGCCUUUCUAUAAUAUCACCGCCAUAUCCGAUAGCACGAAAACGCGAGGCCACGCUUCGUACGUGGUGGACAACGAAGCCACAAACGAGUAUGGACUCCGCGAGAUCUUCUACGAUAUCACAGUGAAAGCCUCAUACGAGAUUGCUCAACGUUCCGUUGACAUCUUCUUUGACUCGAUCGACGCUCUCUCUACAGUUGACGGCGCAUUUCCCGUGCUCAUCUGGCAGCACAUUACCGACGGCUCCCUGAAAGGCAGCAUCCGCAACGGCGGCAGUGCGAUGGGAUUUGAUGCCAACGGCAGCCCUAUUCACAUUAUUCAGCUAGCAUGCUCUUGGAAGAAUGCCGCGGAUGACAGCACCGUAUACCAGAUCAUGUCGGACAUCAUGAAAGCGAUCAAGAGCGACGCAGUGAAGUUGGGUGUGCAGAAUGACUGGGUGUACAUGAACUAUGCGGCGAUGUUCCAGGACGUUAUUGCAAGCUAUGGUUCGGACAGCAAGAGCAAGAUGAAGACUGUUGCGAGCAAUUAUGAUCCCAAGGAGGUGUUUCAGAAGCUGCAGCCGGGGUACUUCAAGUUAGAUCGCGCACCGGUGCCUGAUACGCAGUACUUUUCGUAUUAGUACCA